AUGGCGCUGCUGCCCUUCCUGCUAGGUUUCCUCAUCGGCGCCCUGGCGCUGGCUGCGCUCGAGGCGGCGGCGCUCCUGCUGCUGCUCCGCCGCCUCCGCCGCAGGAAGGCUGCGCCGGAGGACGCGCCGCCGGCCGCCGACGAGCUGCCCGGGGAACGCCCCUUCCCCUACGAGAAGCAGGGUUCUCUGUGUAUACUGGAGCCAGAAAAAAUGCCAGAAGUUAGUAAUGAACGCUUGUCAGUUGGAGGUCCCAAAGAGACAAAAGACAAGAAGAAUAUCGUGGAGGUUUUCCCUGCAAAGAAGAUGGCUAAAAUCAAGGGACACUCCCUUUGUUUGUCUGCUCCUGAUGGCUCCCAAGCAACCAUUGAGCUUUUGAACUGCACGGUCCUUGCAGUUUCUGCGUCAAGUAUGCCCUCACGUAAAUGGGCUAAGAGGUACCCAAUAAAAUUAGAAAGCAAGGACAGUGAGAUUUAUAAUGGAAGCAAGGUGUGCUAUCUUUAUACAGACACUUCCUGGGAGAAGGAAUCAUGGUGUAAAGCACUCCGUAUUGCAGCUACUGCUGACAAGGAAAAAUUAAAUUGGCAUGCCAAGCUGAGCGAAAAGUUCCUCAAUUAUAUAUCAUCAUUAAAUUCUGAAUACCCAUGUUUCCUAAAGCCUCCAAUACUCUCUGGUGAGGACCAUGAGGUUAUGGACAGGACAUCAAAGACUGAUGGAUCUUCAAAAGUCCGUCUUUUCCUCAAGAAGUUGGCAAAGAAGGCAUCUACGAAGGCACCCUUAGAUGGCAAAACAAGUUCGGGGUCAUCAGUGCAAGGUGAAAAAAAGAUACUCGAUAAAUUGCGCAGCUAUCAGGGUGCACCAUUUAUUGAAGCAUUAAUAGGUCCACAAGAGGACAAGCUCGGUAGCAGUUCAUCGCAAGAUACUGUAAAAGCCACUGCCCCACCUGCUGCAUUGAAUCAAACUGGACAGCUUUCAACUUCAUCUGAGGUGAAUGCAGAUGAUCGCGUUGCUGAUGAAGGUACACUUUGUUGGAACCUCCUGUCAUCACGGUUGUUUUUCGAUGCUCAAAUGAGUGAUGAGAUAAACAAGGCCAUCAAAGCACGCAUUCAGAGGACUCUGUCAAAUAUGAGGACUCCAUCUUAUGUGGGUGAAAUUACACUUACGAACUUUAGCCUUGGAGAACUUCCACCUUAUGUGCAUGAGAUGAGAGUCCUUCCGCUGGAUCUUAAUGAAUUAUGGGCCUUUGAAGUUGACUUUGAGUAUUCGAGUGGGAUACUGCUGCACAUUGAAACAAGGCUUGAGGUUCAGGAACCGGAGCUGCAAAAGGACAUCAUGAAAAGUAAUUUUGGAGCAGAUGCUAAUGGAGAGGUUGAUUCUGAUCUUCUUGAGAGUAUUGAACAGUAUGGUAACCAAUUUAAAGGCUCGCAUAAAUCAGCUUCUUCAACUGGGGAGAAUGAUGAAGCAGAUGCAUCAAGUCAAUCAAAGAACACUGGAUGGACUUCAGCAUAUAUAUCAAGAUGGAAAACUAUCCUGCACUCAAUAGCCGAUCAUGUCUCGCAGGUUCCUCUUUCUCUGGCAAUAAGGAUUUCAUCUGUUCGAGGUGUCUUGCGGGUGCAUAUGAAGCCCCCUCCUUCUGAUCAAAUUUGGUAUGGAUUUACGUCAAUGCCUGAUCUAGAAUGGGAUUUGGAAUCUUCUGUUGGGGAUAGGAAAAUCACCAACAGUCAUAUCGCUGCACUUAUUGGUAACAGAUUCAAGGCUUCGCUUCGAGAUAGCUUAGUGCUUCCAAAUUGUGAAAGCAUCUCCAUGCCAUGGAUGUUGGCAGAAAAGGAUGACUGGUUACCUCGCAAGGAUGCUCCUUUUAUUUGGCUAAAUCACGAACCCACUGAGAUGAGAAGCCAUGCUACAGUUACACCACCAGCUCACCCUGAGGAAGGUGGCGCAAAUGAUGAUGCUAGUAGCAAAAGGCCGAUGACAAGUUUACCUAAUUCAUCAAGUGGGAGCGAGGAAUCAUUGAGAGCAGUGGCAUCCAUUGACGAGGCAAAACAAGAGCCUAUGGCAGAAGCAUCAUUGCACAGCCAGUCUUCAUCUGCUCCGGUUAGUGAAUCUGUCCAUAGCGAUGGAAAUGAGGAACUGAGGAAGCCGCUGUUGAUCACAGAGAAACUCCAGGAAGAUGCUUCAGAAAGUAGAGUUAUGUCUCCCAUGUCCACAUCUCUGAGGGCAGUGAUACCAGCAGGGGAGCAGCCGCAGGUGUCAGCAUCACCCAUUGGAGAGGACGCGAAGCGAAAAGGCGGGAGGCGAGCUCGGAUGAUGGAUUUCGGGAAGAGGAUGGGAGACAAGCUGGAGGAGAAGAGGCGGACUAUCGAAGAGAAAGGGAGGCAUAUCGUGGAGAAGAUGCGAGAGAAUGCCAGGACCAACAGCAUGGAGAGGACUAGUAACUAG